UUUAUAUAUAAAAUUUACUGUGUUAUUGUUUGUAUGUAAUUGAAUAUGAGAUACUCAAUUACACAAAUUGUUAUUUUGACAAAUUCUUAUCGCGAAAACUGGUAAGCCAUAUCAUCAGCUGUGAUAUUUACUCUCUGUUUACGUAAAGAGCACAUUUUCAUAAUGCAGAGAUUCCUACUUAAUAUUUCAUAUAUUGGUACAAAUUUUCGUGGAAUACAGAAAACAAUCAAUAGAGCAGAGGAGCAAUUAGUUGACGUAAAAAGCGUACAAGGAUGCAUUGAUUUAGCACUUAACGUGCUGCGACCCGCAAAUAAGGUUGAAACAGUUUUGUCAAGCCGUACAGACAAGGGUGUCCAUGCACUUCACUCAACUUUACAUGUUGAUUUACAAAAAUAUGGUACAAAGACCUACGAUCCAACGACCAUAACAGGUGUAUUGAAUCGUACAUUGCAUAAACAAAAGCUGCAAAUAAGAGUUAUAAAAACUGAAAGGGUUCCAGAUACAUUUCACUGCCGCUAUAAUGCAUUAGGUCGCACUUAUCUUUAUCGUAUUGCAGUGUUACGAAAAAAAUCGGAUGGUAGUAAUUGUAUAGAUAAUCGAGCCUUUGAAGAAUUUAUACCCAUUGAAGAAAUCGAUCGUUGUUAUUUUAUUCAAAAGUACCCAUUUGAUAUUGAAAGAUGUCGCUCUGUAGCCCGAAUGUUCGAAGGAAUGCAUGAUUUUCGCACUUUUACAAGUACGAACCGAGAGGACAACCCUUCCUUCAGACAUCCCCGAUUCACGGUACGUCGGAUAGAGAAAAUUAGCAUAAAACCAGGGAAAACGUUAGCUAUUGGUGUAAACACUGCAUUAGCACAGGAUUUAUAUGACUUUUGGGAUAUAGAAAUCAAAGGGAAAUCUUUUCUUUAUAAACAGGUACGCCGUAUUGUGGGUGCACUCGUAGCAAUAGGAGUAGGGCGUAUUGAUGAAAAAAGUAUAUAUGAAAUGCUUACUAUACCUUCAAAGCAUAGCUGGGAUUCACGUAUUACUCUCGCACCAGCUUAUGGUUUAUAUUUAAGCAAAAUUCAUUAUAAUGAAAACGAUAAAUAUAUAGAAGCUCCAGAAAACGAUAAAGGACAUGAGCUUCCUUCAGGAAAUACAACAAAAACGUAAAAGUUUGCAAAGAUCAACA